UUUUGUCAACUGCCACCUUCUAGUAGUUUCUUUCUGUUACCAUUGAUAAUAUAGCUUUAACACUCAAAAACCACACCACACCACACCACACCACAACUCCUUUUCUUGCUAAACCCAUCGAUCAGCCAUGGGCGGAGGCAAUGGGCAGAAGGCUAAGAUGGCCCGUGAGAAGAAUUUGGAGAAGCAGAAGGCUGCCAAAGGUAGUCAACUUGAGGCAAACAAGAAAGCUAUGAACAUACAGUGCAAGGUGUGCAUGCAGACAUUUGUGUGUACCACGACGGAGGUGAAAUGUCGAGAACACGCUGAAGCGAAGCACCCUAAGGCUGAUGUGUUUACUUGUUUCCCACACCUAAAGAAAUGAUCCUAAGCUGUAGAAUUACAGAUUGGUAAUGACACUAGAAACAAUGCUGUUCUUAUGUACCGUGCUUACUACUUUGUUAUCAACAAUGAUGAAAAAAAUUGUCAAAAGAAAUUACAAAUGAAGUGUGUUAGUAAAUGAUGUUUUUUAAAA